GAGAGAGAGAGAGAGAGAGAGAGAGAGAGAGAGGCACGGAAGUGAAAAAGAAACCCCGCUAAAUAGGUACCAACACACCGCUCUGCUUCUACUGCUUUGCAUUUCCCCUCUCUCUCUCUCUCUCUCUCUCUCUCUCCUGAACAAAUCAAUCCAAAUCAUAUUCCACUACGAGGUUGGACAUACGUGGCCCAUCUGCAGCCAGCCGGAAUUGCCUACAGAGUACAUUCAAAAUGCAGUCCGGAAUCUCGGUCUCCCAAGACCUCCACGAUGCAUUUAAUGCCUUCGCCGCGGACUCGUCCAUCUUCUGCCUCCCCGUAACAAUCACAUCCGAGAGUCUCACCCCGCUCCCGACAAUCCCCUUUUCCCUAGGGGCAACGGGAAAUGCAUUCUACUCCUCCCUGGCGCAAUUGUCUUCGGUCCUCGAGCCCAAAACACCCAUUUAUCUUCUGCUGCGUCGUGCCCCCUCGCUUGCCCAUGGCAGUGGCGGCAGUGGCGGCGGACUCUCCGCGCUCAUGGCCCUCACUUAUAUCCCGUCCAACGCCGGGGUGCGCGCAAAGACCCUCUUCGCGUCGACGCGGGCAACGCUCGUCCGCGAACUAGGCAGUGAGAAGUUCGCCGAGACCAUUUUCGCGACGGACGAGGACGAGGUUGUCGGGCAGAGUGCGUGGCAGGAGAGAGACGCCGAGAGAAAUGGCACGGCUACGGGGGGGGUCCGGCGCGAGGAUCUAAUGGGUGACAAGGAGAGGGAGUUGGAGGCUGUAAGGAAGGCCGAGGAGCUGGCGAGAACCGGUACGCCGGGGAGGGAUAUUGGCAUUGGGGGCACCUUUGUGAGAGGCGGGGCAGCCGGGGCAGCGAGGAUGCGGAUUGAGAUGAAGGUGGAUGAGGAUAUGAAGGGAGCUUUGGAACAGUUGCAACAGGGAGCACUUGUGCAAAUGGCCAUUGAUAUCCCAACUGAGACGUUGAAACUCGCCGCCGCUGAGUCUGCGGUUGCUGCCGAAUCCGUCCAAACACACAUCUCCUCAUCCUCGCCAAGAUACACUUUUUAUCAUUAUCCCGACUCCGAUGCAGUGAUCUUCAUUUAUACGUGCCCUUCGGAUUCGUCCAUCAAGGAACGCAUGCUGUACGCCAGCUCCCGGAACCACGCGCUGCAGGUGGCCGAGCAACAGGGUCUCAAGAUUUCAAAGAAGAUCGAAGCUUCUUCCCCCGACGAGAUCACGGGCGAAAGACUGCACGAGGAAGUGAACCCACCACAGAACGCCGGGCUCCGGCAAGGAUUCGCAAGACCUAGACGACCUGGAAGGUAGAGAGAUUUCUUUUUCUAGCCCCUGUUGCCCGACUCC